AUGGCCCAUCUUGUAGAUUAUAUCGAUUUCUCUCAGAAGUCUUUCCAAGGAUGUGCUCUCUUCAUCCUGUUCAAUCCACUGUUCUGGAACAUCGUUGCCCGUACUGAGUACCGAAAGCACUACUUGACUCGUAUAUUCGGUAGCCCCUACUACGGAUGCUACUUUCUCGGAUUCAUCAUCUUUACCCUGGGCCUCGCUCGCGACCAUGUGUAUCAACUGGCCCUCCAGGAUCAGCCUUACUACGCCCCAGUGCACCAACCGAUUUUAGGCUCUGUCCUGUUCGGCAUCGGAUCUAUCCUCGUUCUGUCUAGCAUGUAUGCCCUUGGCGUCACCGGAACCUACCUUGGAGACUACUUCGGCAUCCUCAUGGAUGCUCCCGUCACCGGUUUCCCCUUCAACGUUACCGGUUCCCCCAUGUACUGGGGCAGCACCCUGAACUUCUUGGGUGUGGCUCUCUACUUUGGCAAGGUCGCCGGUCUCUUACUCACUGCGGAGGUCUUUAUUGUAUACUGGAUCGCUCUCCAGUGGGAGGAUCCUUUCACUGCGGAGAUCUAUGCUAAGCGUGAACGGGAACGUGCAAAGUCCCAGCAGGGCGGCAAGAGCUUGUAA